CUUGUGGUGUGUUGCUAUGGUAAGACUUCCCUUUGAAACAGGAAAUGACAGAGCUGUAAGAAGUGUAGCAGUGUAGCUGUUGAGGGAAUCAGUUUAGAGCGACGUCCUUGGUGUGGGCAGAGUCGAACCUACCCUGAUGUGGCCAUGUCCAAGAAAAUGAACACUCUGGCCGUGCCAGCGGGUCAGAUGACCCAGGCGGUUUCUGAUGGGGAGCUCAACUUCAAGUCAUCCAGUCGUGGCAGCAGCUCCAGCCUAUCAGAGAACUCGAGCAGGUCAGGUGGUCCUCAAGGUGCUGAUGGUCCAGCCAGUCGGGUGGUCAGCUGGGCGGUAUGUUUCGAACGCCUGCUUGAAGACCAUGUCGGUGUGCGGUACUUUACCGAGUUUCUCAAAUCAGAGGUUAGUGCAGAGAAUAUCCUAUUCUACCAAGCCUGUGAAAAGUUCAAAAAAAUCCCACCUACUAGACUGGAAGAGCUGAAGAAAGAGGCGCGUUCAAUCUACGACAGUUUUCUUUCUGAAAGCUCUCUGCAUGCAGUUAAUAUUGACGAUACGGCCCAGAUGGAAGAGAGCGCCUUGGAGACACCUACACUCAACAUGUUCGAUAAAGCACAGGCACAGAUCUUCAAGCUGAUGAAAAUGGACAGCUACACGAGGUUUGUCCGCUCUUCGCUGUACCAGAACUGCAUGCUGGCUUGUGUGGAGGGUCGUCCUCUUCCCAAUAUUGGAACCCCGGAGCCCAAAAGCAAAAUGAACAAAAAGAGUGCAACCCCACCUAGUAACAGAAAGAGUGUUGAGUUGAAAGUGCCCUCAUCAGACAGCAAGACCAACAGGAAGAAGAGGUUAGAGAAGAGAGGCUCAUGGGGAGCUGACCAGUCGUAUCAGCAUGUGGUGGUGUCUCGUAAAGAGUCUCAGAGCUCAGUGAAGUCUAACAGCAGUCUGGAGUUAGUCUCUGGAUUCGGGCGAGCUGAGAACGGACGCUGCAAUGUGGCCAUCUCUGAUCCAGAAGCCUUGAGUUCUGGUUCGCCUACAGCAGAUAAGUACUGCUGCGUCUACCUGCCGGACGGGACCGCCAGCCUGGCCCCCGCCAGACCCGGCCUGAGCCUCAGAGACAUGCUGAGCAGCAUGUGUGAGAAGAGAGGCUUUCCUCUGAAAGAUGUUAUCAUCUACCCACUCGGCAAAGAAAAGCCUCUUUCUCUGGAUCAGGACAGCUCAGUUUUUGGAGAUCAGCAGCUCACUUUGGAGCUCAGAGUUUCAUUUGCGUUGGAUAUUGUGUUUUCUGGAAGAACGUUAGUAAUCAUCGCAUAUUCUAGCAAGAAUUUGGGUGAUGCACUUUCUGCUGUCCUACAGAAACACCAACUACGACCUCAGGAUGUGCAGGUUACUCUGAGUGGCUCAAAUGAACCUCUAAACAUGAGCACGGAUGUGUUUCGUCUAGCCAACAAAACCGUGCGUUUGGACAAAGUUAAAGCUGGUUUGGAGACUCAAGCUGCUUCACCAACACCCAAAGCAAAUCCCAGACCCAGAAAACACCAAGACAUGGACAAUCUUGUCGAGCUGCUGAACCGUGCCCAGUGCAGUCGUGCGGAUGACCAGCGUGGUUUACUCACCAAAGAGCAGCUGGAAAUACCACAGUUCCUGCAGCAGGCAGCACAGAACGAAAACCAGACUUCCUGCGACCAGACACAGGAAGAGGAUUGUGCCCUUUGACCAGAGAACCAUUCAAGCACUAUUCAAGCAACUUAAGACUCAUUUCAAGACUGGAGGAGAGAAACUCUGAUAAGGUUAUGGCAAGUGUAUGUAUGCAUGCAUGAUCGAGUGAGUUGAGAUUUCUUAACCUGAAAGUAGAGUGAUUGAGCCAGGUGUAUAUUUUGUAUAUAACAGACAUUGCCAUGGAGGGCUCUUAGAAAUGCCACCCAUCACAUGGCGUGGGAAAUUUUAUGCACUUUGCUUCAUGUGGUGACACAAUCUGAUAUGAAGUAUGCCAAGCAAGGUCAUAUUUAAUUUUUAAGGAAAUAAUUUAUUUUGAAUUUCAUAAAUUAAAUGUAAUUUCCACUCAAUGUGAUUCAUUUAAAUUGUUUAUGUAUUAUUUGGUUAGUGCUGCUCUUUUCUGUAACAUGAAAGCAUAUUGGACAAAAUUUAUUUUAAAUAAAUUAUUAUUAUUUACAUUUUCUUGAAUUCUAAGAAAAAGUUCAGAAUUGUGAGAUAUAAACUUGAAAUUCUGACUCUCGCAAUUCUAUCACACAAUUCAGAAUUUAUAUUUCACAAUUCUGGUUUUAUAUCUCGCAGCUGAGGAAUAAAAAAUUCUGUCCUUUCCUUUUAGAAUCACAAGUUUAUAUCUCACAGUUAUGACUUUAUCUCGUGAUGUGAAUUAAAAAAAAAAGUAAUUGUGACUCUCUAUCUCAGAAUUAUGAUUUUUUUUCCUCAAUUCUCAAAAUUGUGUUAUAUAUGCUUAGAAUUCUGACUCUUGCACUUCUGUCUUUUUAUCUCGCAAAUUGCGAAAUAAAAAAUAAAGGUAAUUGUGACUUUUUCUCACAGUUCAGACUCUUUUUCUCGCAAUUGCGAGUUUUUAUCUUGCAAAUCUGACUUUAUAUCUUGUGAAGAGUCCAGUUACGUAAAACAAGAGUAAACAAUAUGCUAUAUUCCAUGCUAUACUACUUCCAUGCUAUAUUCCAGGUCUUCUCAAGGCAUUAAUGCUUUCAUUGAAUGAGAAAAGAGCAGUGUGAACCUUCCCAAUGUCUCCUUUUCUCCUACAAAAGAAAGUUAUACAGGUUUAGAACAGUGUGAGGGUGAGUAAAUGAUUGUUAAAAUUUCUUUAAAUGCAUCUCUACUGUGAAAUUGAGUCUUGUACUGUCUUUUCAACUUUAGCAAUGAAGUUGACUUUUUAGCUGUU